AUGGAUGGUACUCCCAACCAUCCGAUCAAAUGGGGGACUUAUCGAGAGGGCGUCCGGUCCCAGCUGCAAAGAUUUGAGUCCCUACCACAGGAUGGCCUCGCAUUAAUGCAGUCCUAUCAGGCUGUCCUCGACAACGAUGAGACUUUCACCCAGUACUUCUCGGACGAGCCACUCGAAAGUUACACUAUCGAGUCGCGACUAAGGGAAACACUGGGGAUUCAUCCUCCGUCUUCAUCUGACACUGAGUCGUCUAGAGAUCAGAAUGAUCCCUCGAUCAGCUGGGUCAACAUUUUCCGACACGGCAGUUUCGAAAAACAAAGUGACGGUUCCUACCACUGUUACGAUCAAGGGAACCUCGUUAAAAUCGAUGAACCACUUCACAAAAGCAUCCUCCUCAACCGAUGCUUCCUCCCGGCAAACUCCUACCUGUGGCCAAGUCCCGCGGACGCUGAACGAGAGUCCGAAGUCACUCUGGCAAUAGAGGCAGACAUCUUGGAUGAAAUCGACAGAAAGGUCAAAUACGUGGAGAAACUGAAGCGACUUCAGCUGGCACUGAAGAAACGCCGAAUCAAACUUCUCCAAGGUGUUCAAGACCCCGUGAAAAGGUCUCGAACACCGCAAACCCCUGGAUUACAGUAUCCUACCCCGAGCGAGUCACUUCGUCCCACGGUAUCUGUUGAGACGUAUACCCGUGCACGCAGUUCAUCCCAAAGCUCAGGUGUCUCAAGUGGAUCCGACAUCCCUUUCACGGCCCCUGGCGAUACGACAAGGCCAGUAUCUUACGACAGUGAUGACGAUAAUGAUGAUGCGGUUAACGACUCAGACCAACAAGAAAAUUCGAAUGUCAUCACCGAAAGCGACCAGAAAGCAUAUGAAAAUGGAAUGGGAGUGUCGGUGUCUGGACUUCUCAGCAGCAGAAAGCCCCAGGUCGCACAAAGCCAGGAUCACACACAGAGUCCAAAGCCAUUCCAAGGAGAUGGGUCAGCGAAACACCAGCUCCAUGGCAACGAGGACCUGACGCGACCGCCCCUGAAAAAGCAAAAGACCGAGACUGCCCCGUCCCCAGCAGAGAUCGAGACCAUCGACCUCAGUGAAGAACUGCCAAUGUGGAAAGGAAAGGUCGAUACGCCCACUAAACCUGAGCCCACAUACUCCAGCACGGGAAAGAAACGCAAAGGACAAAAGCGAACACGGAAUAACUUCACCGACUACGAGAAGGAGCACGCCCCAGCCUGGUUCAAGAGCCAGAUCAACGCAGGAAAGCCCCCGAGCGAAAUUGAGAAGGCCUAUGUCGAGAAAUUCGGUGUCUUCCACCGCUGGCUGACCGUGAAGCUUUGGGUCGACCGGAUGGAUGAAAGGGCCGCCAAAGCAGAGAAAACGGUCGAAGCAGAGAACCCCAGCAAAAUCGUGCCGAUUCGGACAUUCCCUACGAGCCGGGUAAUCUCAGCAGCUGAUGCUGCCCCCAGCUCUCGUAUUGCCGCCGCGCCGCCCUAUGUAUCCCCAUACCCUCUAUUCCGGUCCCCCCAGCAGCCUGGGGGCUCACCCGUCCCAUACCAGCUGGACUGGCCUUCUAAGACGGCUGCAUCGACAUCAUUCAAGAGUGGCCUUCCGAACGUGUACUGA